UCUGUUGGUAAAGGGAAGCGGUGGUUAAGAAUACGACGAGGUUUCCCGGGACUGCGGGUAUAUAUUUCCCAACUCUUCAGUUGCUCGACGACGCUUCAGAUUUUGGUUUGAACUGACUAUGGAGUUUUGGUACUUGUGUUGAAACAAUUGUAUAUUGAGUUGGUUGCUAAUGUUGUGAGAUUGAAACAUGGAUUCUAGUAAUGAAUCUUUGAGGGUUGAUAUGGGAGUAACAGUAGGAGCUGGAGAUACUACAGAUAGUGUGAGUCGAUUGAAAAGAGAAUCGGGUUAUUGCAGUCAGUGUUUAAAUCUGGAAGCAAAGAUAAAGGAAAUUGAAAAUAGUUGUGCCACUUUGCAGAAGGAGAUUUACCAGGAGAGGAAUGGUUUUAAGUUGCUUGAAGUUAAGUAUGAAACAUUGCGAGUCGAGAAGGUUGCUGUUGAGGAUGAGCUUGAGGUGUUGAAGAGAAGGAAUCAAGAGCUGGAAGAGCGGAUGCGUCAAUUUGAGAAUAAUGGCUGUAAUGAGGAGAACGAGGAGGAAGACAAGGUUUUGCAGUUGAUGAUCGAGAACAAUGUCUUGGAAUGCGAGAAACGGGUUGCUGAAAGUAAUGUUGAGUCUUGGAAAUUGAAGUGCAAGGAGUUGGAGUUGGCGGUAUUGGAAUUGAACAAAAGGUUGGUUUCAAAAGCAGGAGAUUAUAAAGAUUUAAAUGCAAAAUCUUUCUUCUCUGGUGGAGAAAUCCAAUCUCUGCAAUCUCAAGAUUCAGGAAAAUCUUUAACAAAGAAUCCAUGCGUGCAAGCCGAGUGUGUUGGAGCAAACAAAUUUUUACUAUCUGAAAGUGGUAACAGCCGUAGUAACCAAGUGAGGAAGCGAUUGAUGUUUGAAGAAGAAAGAGGGUCAAACAAGAGGAUGGCUCCUUCUACCCCAGCUGGUGUAAGGCCUGCAAAUGUUGUUGUUAUUGACUUAAAUGAAAGUGAUGAUGAAAGAACUAUCCGUCCUCUUUGUACAUCAAUAAAUGGAAAUGAUUAUAAAAAUUCUCUACCUCUUUGUACACCUUGCAUACCAGGAUCUAGAAUGGCUCGUGAUUCACCUUACCCUGGAUCAGGGAGCACCUUGUCUAAUAAUGAAUUUCCUUCAGAGAACAAUUUAAAGAUGGCUGACAUUGAGCAAGGCAAAGACAAUGACAUUUUAUGUGUUCCAACUCCAAAAAGAAGAAGAGCUUCAAACUUAAUUCCUAGUGAUAGUGACACUGAUGAUGAUAACGUUCCAAUUUGCAUGCUCAAGACUAGGCAUUUUCAUGGGAAAAGCUCCAGUGAUCAUCCCGAAGGCCACUCAACUCAAAUUGGUGAUUCUAGGGAGGAAAUCAGGAAAUCUUCUAGUAGGCGGCGCCUAGUGAAGCUAAGUCAAUGUGAAGCAAAAGAUGGUGGUGGCAGUGACAUCGAAGAAGAUGUGUCAGACAGUGAGGGAGAAAGCUUGGGUGGAUUUAUAGUUAGCAGCUCUGACUGUUCUGACGAUGGCGACAUCUCUAAUUCUGAGGGUGCUUUGGGAAGUAAUUCUUCUGUAGCUGAAGAUUCAAUAACUGAUUCAGAGCAUAUAUCGGAGAGUGAUACAGAUUAUUGUGAAAUAAUGUCGAGAAUUCGAAGGAACAAAAGUGAUAAAUUAGAGUGGGAGUUUGAGGGAGACAUGCUUGCUGCCUUUGGUAAGGAUCCUGAAUUAUGUAUGAGGGCUGUUUGUGUUUUGUAUAGGCAGCAAACAGCUGAGGAGAAAUGUAGUAAAGAAACGAUAUUUCAGAAUCAAAGAGGUUUCAGCCAGUGUGAUGCCUACAGAUAAGUUUUAUUACUCUGAGGACUGCCUAUGACCAUGACUAUGCUGAUGUAUACUAGUCCAGUGAUGAGUCUCACAUAGAUCAAAACGAUCAAUCAUCUAUGAUUGGGAUUGCACGACUGCUAUAGCUUUGUCCAAGAUGGCAUGGUUGUUUCUGACUUAAUGAAUCAAAUGUCAUGUUGACCGUUCUUUAAUGGCUAAUGUUUAUUAUGUAGUUAUUAUCACUUGCUUUUGCUGAUAGAGGGAGAAAGAAACAUGUAAUAUCAAAAGGUUGCACGAAUGCUUCCAGGUCAAAGUGGACUAGAGAAUGAAAUUGUUUCUGGGACUAAUUGCCUACGUUAGGCCAGAGGAAAACAUGGGAUUAAUGAUUCCCUGUGAAAAGGAUGAUUUCAAGGCUGCAAAUGUGUAAAUAUGAGACUUUUUAAUAUUAGCAUUCACAUUAAACAUCUAAAAGUUCGUCUUUUGACCAGAAAGGGUUGAUCUGAUUUAAUGCUUCUAUCAAUUGCAUUGAAACAAUGCUGAAUCUGAUGUUUGCUUUUGUAUGUUUGGGGGCUAGUUUCAUAAUUUAUACUGCCAUA